AUGAAGUCUUCUUCUUUGUUUAGUUUGGUUCUUGCUUUCUUGGCCAUUGUUUACGUUUCAAAUGCAUUAAAAGUUGACUGCACUGACGAUGCAAAUUUAGAUUGCAGCGAUGGAUUUGACACGGGAGGAUUGAGCAGGAAGGCUUUUCCACAGGUGUUUCAGUUUGGAACUGCAACUUCUGCAUAUCAAGUUGAAGGCAUGGCCUCUAAGGACGGAAGAGGACCCAGCAUUUGGGAUCCUUACGUUCAAGUUCCAGGACAUAUUAAAGGCAAUGCCACUGGUGAAGUUAGCGUUGAUCAGUAUCACCAUUACAAGGAAGAUAUUGACCUCAUGGUAAAGCUUAAUUUUGAUGCAUACCGGUUUUCAAUUUCCUGGUCCAGGAUCUUCCCAAAGGGAACUGGGGAAGUGAAUCAGCUGGGAAUUGAUUACUACAAUAGAUUGAUUGACUACAUGCUUGAGAGAGGGAUUACUCCAUACGCAAAUCUUUAUCAUUAUGAUAUGCCAUUAGCUCUUCAGGAAAAGUAUAAUGGUUUGCUGCGUUGUGAUGUUGUGAAGGACUAUGCGGAUUAUGCAGACUUUUGCUUCAAAACAUUUGGGGACAGAGUUAAGAACUGGUUCACAUUUAAUGAACCAAGAGUUAUUGCAGCUCUCGGUUUCGAUAAUGGCUUAAAUCCUCCUUCAAGGUGUUCGAAAGAAGUUGGAAAUUGUACUGCUGGAGACUCCGGAACUGAACCUUAUAUUGCUGCACAUAAUAUGAUUUUAGCUCAUGCGGCUGCAGUUGAAAGAUAUCGCGAAAAUUACCAAAAAGAACAAGGUGGAAGGAUUGGAAUUCUCUUGGAUUUUGUUUGGUAUGAACCUCUGACUAGAUCAAAAGCUGACAAUUAUGCAGCUCAAAGAGCAAGAGAUUUCCACAUUGGAUGGUUUUUGCAUCCGAUUACAUAUGGCGAGUAUCCGAGAACAAUGCAAGAACUUGUUAAAGACAGGCUUCCAAAGUUUACAGAAGCAGAAGUUCAAAUGGUGAAGGGUUCCAUUGAUUAUGUUGGUAUUAAUGUGUAUACUGGCUACUACAUGAUGGAUCCUCCAUGGCCUCAGUCCAACAUCACAAGUUAUCAGAAUGAUUGGAAUGUCGGUUUCUCUUUUGAACGCCACGGAAAGCCAGUCGGUCCAUUGGCAUAUUCUGGGUGGCUUUAUAUUGUACCUUGGAGUAUGUAUAAGUGUUUGACAUAUGUAAAAGAGCAUUAUGGAAACCCAACCAUGAUUCUUUCGGAAAAUGGUAUGGACCAACCAGGCAAUACGACAUUCCCAGAAGUAUUACAUGACAACAUAAGGAUAAAUUACUACAAAGACUAUAUAUCAUCUAUGAAGAAGGCUAUCGCUGAUGGAGCUAAUGUUAUCGGCUACUUUGCCUGGUCGUUGCUUGACAAUUUUGAAUGGGUGUCAGGAUAUACUUCUCGAUUUGGCAUUGUCUAUGUUGACUACGAUACUCUUAAGAGGUAUCCGAAGAUGUCUGCAUAUUGGUUCCAGCAAUGGCUAAAAAAGGAUUAA